UUCCCUUCCACCACUCCCCGUCGCGUCCAUCCGUUUCCUCCCCCCACCCCCUUCUCCCUCCUUCCACACCCCGCUGCCCGGCUGUCCCCUGCUCCGCCCCCGCUCCUCCUCCCUCCUUCCAUGCGCGAGGGGCCGUGGGGUCCACCGCCUCCCGCCGCGCGCCUCUCGCCCCCGCCGCUCCCGGUGCUGGUGCUCCUGCUCCUCUCCCUCCUGCUCGCGGGGCGGCCGGCCUCCUGCUCCUGCCGCUCGGAGGAAGUCGCGGGGGUGGCGGCUGCAGCAGCGGCGCGCAUGGGGCUCGACGGGGACGGCCCGCCGGACGCGGCCGGCCACAUCAGUAACAGUGAAAAUGGUCGCUUCAUUUAUGGAGUUGCAAGUUCUCCUGGGAAAAGAGCAUCGAUGGAGGACUUUUAUGAAGCAAGGAUAGACGACGUUGAUGGAGAGAAAGUUGGAAUGUUUGGCGUAUAUGAUGGUCACGGUGGAGUGAGAGCAGCUGAAUAUGUCAAGCAGCACCUUUUCAGCAAUUUAAUUAAACACCCAAAGUUCAUCACUGAUACCAAGGCUGCUAUCGCCGAAACUUACAACCACACAGAUUCAGAAUUUUUGAAAGCUGAUAGUAGUCAGACUCGAGAUGCUGGCUCAACUGCCUCGACAGCCAUUAUUGUAGGUGAUCGCUUGCUUGUUGCAAAUGUUGGAGAUUCCAGAGCCGUUAUAUGCAAAGGAGGACAGGCUAUUGCUGUUUCAAGGGAUCACAAACCUGAUCAGUCAGAUGAGAGACAAAGAAUUGAGGAUGCUGGGGGCUUUGUUAUGUGGGCUGGGACAUGGCGUGUGGGUGGCGUUCUUGCCGUCUCUCGAGCAUUUGGUGAUAAACUCUUGAAGCAGUAUGUUGUCGCUGAUCCAGAAAUCAAGGAGGAGGUGGUCGACAGCUCCCUUGAAUUCCUCAUCCUUGCUAGUGAUGGACUCUGGGAUGUCGUCACUAAUGAGGAAGCUGUUGCCAUGGUGAAGCCUAUUCAGGACCCCCAGGAAGCAGCAAACAAGCUUCUCCAAGAAGCUUCGAAAAGGGGAAGUUCCGACAACAUCACAGUUGUCAUUGUCCGCUUCCUAGAAGGAGCGACCUCUGGCGAUAAAUCAGGCGAAGAGAAAGAGAAAGAGAAAGAGGCCGCCAAUGACCAAACCUCCUAGCUGCUCAUGUAGAAUCAUGCAUGCGUUCUUCUGGCUGUUGUAUCUGAUGCUCGAAGUAGAUGCCCCGCCGCUGUGCGUCCGCGCAGCUGUUCCGCAAGGAAACUGACUCGCCCCAACCGUGUCAUUCUGCUGUUGCUCUCUCGCUUCUGGCCAGCCUAGAUGGACGACAGGGCUGGUGUCGUUACUGUAUGAUCCAAGGCGGACUCUUCCAUUUUCAUUAAGCUUUGUAAUGUAGCUUUCCUGUGCUGUUGAUUCAUGAAUCGUGCUUAGAUGUUUUCUUCGCAGCAAGUGCGUGUAAAACUGUUGGAACGAUUUGAAGCAAGCUGUGCAUCGCAGUAUGAAACAAUUAAUCUCCCAACAUUUGCUCUGUU